AUGGCUGCCAUGGACAGUAACAUAAAUCAAAUCACAGAGGUCUCUGAACCCGAGGUUAAACAAUUUAAAACCGAUGAAGAAAUCCUGGCGUCCUUUGGCUAUAAGCAAGAAAUGAGCAAAAGUAUAUCGACCAUCUCAAAUUUUGCCAUUGCUUUCGGCUGCUGUUCAAUUCUCUCUGGUCUUACUCCUAUGUGGGGUGAUGCUAUGCAAUCAGGAGGAAGUGUAGCCGUCGUCUGGGGAUGGAUCAUUGUAUCAAUCUUUACUUUUGGUGUCGGUCUAUCUCUGGCUGAGAUUUGUUCAGCAUAUCCCGUUACCGGUGGUCUUUACAUAUGGGUCUCUCGUCUGGCUCCACCUGAAUGGGUUCCAAUUGCCUGUUGGCUUACAGGCUGGUGCAACUGGUUGGUUGCCAUCACAUCUUCUGACCUUGGCCUUGCCCAGUUCUUGGCCUCUGUUAUUGCUAUCAGCAACCCAGAAUACAAUGCCAGCAUUUACUGGCAAUAUGGAAUCUUCUUGGUUAUUGCAUUCAUUCACGGUGUAAUCAACUCAGCCAGUAUUAAAUACAACGGUUUCUUCAACCAGACUUCUCUUUAUUGGCACUUGGCCGGAACACUUAUGAUUAUCAUUGUAGCUCUUGUUUUGACGCCUAAUAAGCCCGAUGCCAAAUGGGUGUUUACCUAUUUCGAAAACGAUACUGGCUUCUCUUCUGGUGGAUACGCGUUCCUUAUUGGACUUUUGCAGUCUCAGUACACUCUUUCUGGAUUCGAUAGUGCCGCUCAUAUGUCAGACGAAACUCACGAUGCUGCCAGAAAUGCCCCUCGCGGUAUUCUUUAUGCCAUUGGAACUGCCUCAAUUGUUGGUUUGGCUUUCAUGAUUUCUGUCAACUUCUGUGUCCAGGAUUUCCAAGCUCAGGUUGUCAGCGAAUUGGCCCUUCAACCCCAAAUGACUCAAGUCUUUUUGGAUGGUGUUGGGUACAAAUGGACUAUCGUAUUCACAGUCAUUGUUAUGGGCGCCAUGUUCUUUUCUGGCUCGGCCCUUACUCUUGGAAGUUCUAGAAUGGUUUACGCUUUUGCUAGAGAUGGUGCAAUGCCUUUCAGCAAAUGGCUCAGUCAUGUCAACGAGAGAACCCAGACCCCCAUUUACGCAGUUUGGGGAAAUGUAGUCUUUGCUGUCAUUGUUGGCUUGCUUUUCAUCGUUAAUGAAACUGCCUUUAACGCCAUUGUCUCUAUCAACACAAUUGCCUCUUCACUUGCCUACUUGAUUCCUAUUGCUCUCAGAUUAACUGUAGCUCGCAAAACUUUUGUUCGCGGUCCUUUCCAUCUUGGUCCUUUCUCGGAUAUUAUCAACUUUAGCAGUUGUUGCUGGAUUCUCUUAACUUCUGUUCUAUUCAUCUGCCCUACCGAAUACCCUGUCACAGCCGAUAAUAUGAACUAUGCAUGUGUUCCUUUGGUUGCAGUUCUUGGAGGAUCUACUGCUUACUAUCAUUUCCGCGCCAGAAAGUGGUUCCAUGGCCCUGGAAAGGCGACUGAUGGUGGAUCAAGUACAGAGUCCAUGAGCGACUUUAACGUCGAUGGUUCUCACAACACUACUGAUGUCAAGCACGAACGAUUCACCGAAAAAAAGCAUGAGAAGGUUCUCUUGAGCAACAUAUCCUCCCUUCAUGACUCUUAG